UGCACCUCCCUCGACGUCCUCCACGAUGGGCAAAUCGCAGUCCAAGCUUUCGCCUGAGCAGCUCGCAGACCUUCAGAAGAACACAUACUUCGACAAGAAGGAACUCCAGCAAUGGUAUAAGGGAUUCCGCAAGGACUGUCCCUCAGGACAACUCGAUAAGGCGGAGUUCUCGCGGAUAUAUAAGCAAUUCUUCCCGUUCGGCGAUCCAGGCGAGUUCGCAGACUACGUCUUCAACGUAUUCGACGAGAACAAGAACGGGACCAUCGACUUCAAGGAGUUCAUCUGUGCACUCAGUGUCACUAGCCGGGGUCGCCUAGAUGAGAAGCUCAAGUGGGCAUUCCAGCUGUAUGACAUCGACAAGGACGGGACCAUAACAUACGACGAGAUGCUUCAAAUCGUGCGGUCAAUAUACAAGAUGACCGGCGAGAUGGUCAAGCUACCAUCCGACGAAGAUACGCCAGAGAAGCGUGUCGACAAGAUCUUCCGCAACAUGGACAGAGAUAAGGAUGCAAAGCUGACGUACGACGAGUUCGUGGAGGGUAGCAAGCAAGACCCCACCAUCGUACAGGCAUUAUCACUGUACGAUGGCCUUGUAUAGUGCUCCGUAUCGGUGUUUGGGCGUACUCUUUAUGUGUUAUACUAUGGCGGCAUCCGCUCCUCUUUCGAGCGUCCUGGGUCCUCCCCGCAUCGCCGCUAGACCGAGCUGGGGGGAGGGUGCAGUUCUUCGAAACUCGAGAAGCCUGUUUCUAUAUUCUGGAUUUCGAACAUUGUAGCUUAAACUGACCUUUGGACGAACUGUAGACUGAUUCUUGCGUGUAUGUGUAUACACAAAUCAAUGGGUGAAGACGCAACUUGAAGGUCCUCGUCA